AAUCUGUAGAAGUUGUCAGUUUACCACUGGUUUAGCGAAGUAUAUUUAUUAAAUAUGGUAUAAACUGAUAUAUUUAUUAUAUUUUAAAAUUAUUUUUACACUCCUAAAAAUGUCCGAAGCAAGAAUUAGUAUUGCACGGGCUCCACAUACGUCCCUCAGCUAUUUCGAAACAUUUAUGCAUGUCCUUAAAGGAAAUGUAGGGACUGGUAUGUUGGCCUUGGGAGACGCAGUGAAAAAUGCUGGUCUCAUUCCGGGAGCAUUACUAAUCGUAUUUAUUGGUAUUGUAGCUGUACAUUGUCAGCAUUUGCUGCUUAACGCUUACCGAAGUUUAAAAAUCAAAUACGAAAUAGAAAAUUUAGAAGAUUAUGCAGAUACACUUGAAUUGUGUUUUGAACGUGGAACGACUAGAAUGAACCAUAUGGCUAAACCUAUGAAACUUAUUCUUAAUAUCUGUAUAUGUUUCUCGCAAUUGGGGUUCUGUUGCAUCUAUAUAGUGUUUGUUGCUGAUAAUAUUAAAGUGGUAACAGAUCAUAACGGAUAUGUUUGGAACAUCCACCUUAUUGUGUUCAUGGUUACAUUGCCGAUUUGGCUCUUAUGUUUAAUAAGAGAUUUAAAAACUCUUGCACCCGUUUCAAUGGCAGCAAACGUCAUAUUAAUUUUAGGCAUUUUGGCUGUAUAUUACAACAUGUUAUCUGAAAAACUUCCACCUUUUUCGGAAAGAAAGUUGAUAGCUCCCCCCGGAAAAUGGCCUUUGUUUUUUGGUACAUCCGUUCUUGCUUACGUAGGGAUUGGAUUGGUGAUUCCUUGUCAGAGAUCAAUGAAAGUACCGGAUGAUUUUGAUAAGACGUUUGGGGUGCUUAACAUAGCAAUGACAAUUUGCAUUUGUUGGUAUACAAGCAUUGGUUUCCUAGGUUAUUUAAAAUUUGGUGAAGAUAUUAAAGGAAGUAUUACUUUAAAUAUGCCACAAGAACAAGUAGUGUAUCAGGUAGUUAAUUUGAUGAUAGCCAUUUCAUUCAUACCAAUGUAUGCGUUACAAUUCUAUGUCGCUAACGAUAUUAUCUGGCCAGCAGUCUUCAUAAAAUCUGCAUAUUUGAGAGAACAUCCCGUAAAAGGAGAGCGUAUUAUUCGUUCUAUUCUAGUAUUGAUAACAUUUGCAUUUGCAGAAGUAAUUCCAUUUCUAAGCCUGUUUAUAUCAAUAGUUGGAUCGGUGAGCGGAACAGCGAUGAGUAUGAUAUUUCCCGUCAUCUUAGAAAUAGCUUCAAAGAAAACUUCUGAGGAACUCACAACGUUUAUCAUCGUUAAAGACGUGUUCAUCAUAAUAUUGUCUAUAAUCGGAAUGACGACCGGUGCCUUUGUUGGGAUUUGGGAUCUAACCUACGCUUUUCGAGAACAUUACGGUGUAUAAUAAAAAUAUCUCUCUUAUAUCAAUAAAUAUUAAACAUAACAAAUAA